AUGUGCUCCAUUGCAGCCUCUCAACCAUUGACAAAUAACUCAAACCACACACAAGAACACAAGAUCAAACCUAGCGGUCCUCCUGACAAUGCUCAAAUCAUCCAAGCUCCCUUACCAAACCCGUCUCUGCAAGUAACAGCCGACCACAACUUGAAGAGAGUCGAUGCGCCAGUAUAUGCACCUCAGGCUGGUGAAGUGCUUCUUCAUAUCAAAGCCACUGGCAUCUGUGGGUCGGAUGUUCACUUUUGGAAGACAGGACGUAUUGGAACUCUAGUUUUCGAGGGCGAUUGUAUCAUUGGACAUGAAGCUGCUGGUGUAGUGAUUCGAGUUGGCGAGGGUGUCGAUAACUUCAAGCCUGGCGAUCGAGUGGCCGUCGAACCGGGCGUUCCUUGUAGUCAUUGUUUCCUCUGCAAAGAUGGCAGAUACAACCUUUGCGAAGAUGUUGAGUUUUCGGGUGUCUACCCAUAUGCUGGGACUCUGCAGCGAUACAAGGUCCAUCCUGCCAAAUGGAUUCACAAACUUCCUGACAACGUUUCCUUCGCUGAGGGUGCUCUUCUGGAACCUCUGAGUGUUGUUCUCCACGGCAUCAACUCUGCCUCCAUCACCAUCGGAACACCCGCUGUUAUUUGCGGUGCCGGACCCAUUGGUCUUCUUGCUCUGGCAUCCGCACGGGCUUCAGGUGCUCACCCUCUUGUUAUCACCGACGUGGAGCCUAAGCGACUGGCAUUUGCGAAAGAGCUGGUCCCUACAGUGAAAACCUACCAAGUCGACACUACAAAGAGUAACGAGGAGAACGCAAAGGCUGUAAGACAACUGUUUGGAGAAACAGAGUAUGUUCAGCCAAGGGUUGUAUACGAGUGCACAGGUGUUGAGAGCAGUGUCUGUUCGGCUGCUUUCAUGGUUCGUCGUGGCGGUGUUCUUAUGGUUGUUGGUGUUGGACGAUCUAUUAUGAACAACCUGCCUUUUAUGCACCUGUCUCUGGCCGAGAUCCAGCUUCGAUUUAUCAACCGAUACAAAGAUACGUGGCCUGCGGGUAUCGCAUGCAUUGAAGGGGGUCUUGUUGAUGUAAAGAAACUGGUAACCCAUAUCUUUCCUUUGGAGCAGGCACUUGAAGGCUUGACUCUGUCGGCAGACCCCAAGAACGGAUCUAUCAAAGUGCAGAUUGUGGAUGAAACAGAGACAACUUUCUUCUAG